UGUUACAACAGAAGGUCAGACAACCAUACCUGGACAAACAACUCCCUAUACAACACCAGUCGGUCCAAGUUCAACUCCUGGACAAACAACUCAACAAGGUACAACACAAGGUAUGACUACUACAAUUGGACAAACAAGUAAACAUGUUACAACAGACGGUCAGACAACCAUACCUGGACAAACAACUCAGUAUACUACACCAGUUGGUCCAAGUUCAACACCUGGGCAAACAACUAAACCAGGUCCAACACAAGGUCAGACAACCACAACUAGACAAACAAGCAAACCUGGUACAACAGAAGGUCAGACUACCAUACCUGGACAAACAACUCCAUAUACUACACCAGUCGGUCCAAGUUCAACACCUGGACACACAACUAAACCAGGCACAACACAAAGGUCAGGCUUCCACAACUGGACAAACAAGCAAACCUGGUACAACAGAAGUUCAGACUACCAUACCUGGACAAACUACUGAAACACAUGUUACUUCCACAACUGAAUCAAGCCCUGCAACUAGUAUCAUUACAGAGCAUACUACAACAUUUGAACCAUCUACUGAUGGAGGUUCUGGUGAAAGUGAAACAACAUUUUUUCACACAACUUUACCAAGCAAGACAGAGGUGGAGACAACAACAUUUACAACAGAAGGUCAGACUUCAACACCUGGACAAACAACUAAACCAAGUACAACACAAGGUCAGGCUUCCACAACCAGACCAACAACUGCCACACAUCAAAGUAGCAAGCCUCCUUGUAACAUGAGCAGAUGUAAACCAGUUCAACCCUGCACUAUGACUGGUGCCAAAACAAUCAUCAAACUGGAUUCCUCUCAUUGCUGUAACAUAAGUGCUUGUGAGUGUCCACCACUUUCACAAUGUCCUUUACCUCCACCCUGUUCUAGUGGUCUUGCUGUCCCCAUGUUUGACCCCAACAAAGAGUGCUGUCCUGUUUAUACUUGCCCAUCAGUUCAUGGGACUACAACAAACCAACCCACUCUUCAAAGCUCAGCUACUCCAACACAUGUCACUAAGAAUCCUUGCAGUGGUAUUAUAUGCCCAUGUAAAACAUGUGGACCUGGUGACUAUAUCACAAGCGAACCAAACCCCUUUAACCCAUGCUGCCCUAAACUGAGCUGUCAUUCCAAGUGUAAAUGUAGUUCAGUGCCUACAUGCAGCAGCACACAAGAGCUGGUUACUGUAAAUGUUCCUGGUCAAUGUUGUCCGAACCUUAAGUGUGUGAAAAAGAAGAAUGACUGCAAUGUGGUUAACAGCACAGUCACAGUUCAGAAGGGACAAUGUUCUGCUCAGGUCCAGAUUCCCAGUUGUUCCGGCUUGUGUUCAUCUUCUCAGAUCUUCACUCCACAGUGCAAAUGGGAAAGUCAAUGCUCUUGCUGCAAGAAGGGCAAAGUCUCACCUAUGUCUUUCACUCUCAAUUGUAAAAAUGGCAAAGCAAAAUCCUACUCAAGCAAUGUACCCCAAACCUGCAACUGCCAAAGCUGCAACUAA